UGUGAACCCCCGCGAUCGUUAACUACUGAACGCGUGAGAGUAACGACUACUCCAACGAGACCUUCGACUACGACCACUACCACAACCAGGAGACCUAUUCCAGUACGAAUAACUACAGCUAGCACCACAACUAUGCGCACUACUCGUAUACCAACCACUCCCAGGUACGAUCACUUCAAGGAUGUCCUUCCGGAACGUUGCGGCAUGGACACGCUAACGUUUAACGUGUUCUCCUCGGUGGAAGACGAGGAUAACACGCACGUGUGGGUCGUGUUUCUCGAAAUACGUCGUCCUAAUCGUGCCAAAACCGGGCGCUGUGUCGGUACGCUCAUCCACGAAAGCCUCGUCCUGACGGCGGCCCAUUGUCUACACACACUAGCCGUGGAGCAUCUGCGAUUGUUCUUCGGUGUGUCCUUGAUCAGCAAGCUGGAGGAGUGUCUGGACGAUGAGGAGUGCCAGGAACGGAAGGCUUCCGAGUUCAUCGUCCACCCUGACUACAACUCCCACACGCACCUGAACGACAUUGCGCUUAUCCGGCUGAGUGAACCGGUUGACACUUUGAAUCACGUUUUGCCAGCGUGUCUUCCCUUGGAUUACAUCUUCGACGAGAGUCGAUCGAGCGAUACGCACGUAAUCUCGCUCGGUUGGGGCGUGACGUAUGGCGGAGAGAUGAGCGACUCAAAACGUAUGGUGCAACUUCGCGUGAUUUCGCUGGCUGAAUGUAGUGAGCAGUUGAAGGAAUCGCAACGCUUCAACGCCAGCAUGAUGUACAGUUUGAUGUGCACGACCGGUGUCAUUGCCGGUCAGGACGUGUGCCAGGGUGAUUCAGGGGCGCCAUUACUGCAGCUGCACGAGAACCGUUUCUUCGCAGUCGGAGUUGUCACGUUUGGACCUAAAUGUGGUACAGGAUCCGCACCAGGCGUCGCAAUUCGGGUGUCCGAGUACGUGAAUUGGAUUCUAAUGCACAUGAAGCGGAUCGGUGCAGGUUAGAAAAGGUCCAGAUUGCACUCCAAGCAGCUUUGGAUGUCCUGGCGCGUGCUCGAACCACUGAGACGCAGCCUAACCGCACCGUAAUGUGAUUAUUUAGGUAGAAGAGUUACCCACAACAUGACAAUCGGCAGGAUAGGAACGCUUGUAAUAAAAAUAAAUAGUUCAAUUAACAUGCA